ACUCGCUUGGUCAUCUUCACUGCACUAGCGCUCCCCGUCACAUUGAUCCCUUUCUUCGCCCUGAGAAGGCAAUUGGCGGGUUUGCAUCGGAAGCUAGAUGGCAUAGCGGCUACAACGCAUGCUCUGCAGAAAGAGCUCGAAAUAACACUUCUGGAGCUAUCUGUUAGGAAGGCGGAGCAUACCAAGCUUCAGGACAUGCUUCAGGACACGCGGCGCGGUGCUGGGAGGUUGCAUGCGGAUGUUCAUAGACUGAAAUCAUCUCACACGGCAAAGACAGCAGAGCUGGAAGUUAGUGUGCACGAGCUUGCCGCCUCCAACGAGCGCAUCCGAUCGCAGCUUCUUCCAUUGCGAGAGCUUGGACCUUCGCUUGCUGAUGUCGCGGCGUUCAUGCAAGAGACUGACAUGCAACGAGGCUUCGUGGAUAAGGGGGAUACCCGGGGAAUUGAACGGCUUCGCCACCUUGCCUUGCGA